UUUCCACACUUCUCUCCAGUCGCCGUGUCUCGUGCCUCCAUCAGAACCGAACGGGAACUCCGCUCCGUGCGUAAAGCUGCUGGACACCAGGAGGACGCGUCGCGCGCUUCCAGCUUCUCCUCCCACUACUUUUGUCAAAAGAGCGAAACCCAACAAAACCCGUCCGUUUGUAUUACCUACAAAGGCAAAGAAGGGAAACACGUCUUCAUUUUUAGGUGUAUUUGUUUGAGCGUACAUUUUGUGCGUUUUUUCCCCCUCUCCCUGUUUCAGCCUGAACUCAUGCCUCACAUCCGAGCUGCUGCGCCGAAACGAUUAUUUUUCUUUUAAUGGGUAAAAUAAUGCGCAAAGGAAAUAAAAAGGAUCCAGCGGGAGAGAACUGUGGACUCUUUUGGAUUUAAUCGUCGGUGUCUUUAAAACCAAGAUUCAAUCAAACUUAUGGCGUGAAGGGCCCCAUCUUGGCCUCCAUCACUCACAGCUAAUGGAUGUCUUUUCCCAGUAUGCCUACAAUGACAGUUUCUACGAAAAUGGAACAUGGAGCUUCAACGAAACGGAAAAGGAACAAAAGCACCCUUACAACUACUACGCUAUGCUUCUUACCCUGCUCAUCUUUGUCAUCGUCUUUGGCAACGUGCUGGUGUGCAUGGCUGUGUCCAGAGAAAAGGCUCUGCAGACAACCACCAACUACCUGAUUGUCAGCCUGGCUGUUGCUGAUCUACUGGUGGCUACACUGGUUAUGCCCUGGGUGGUCUACUUAGAGGUGGUGGGAGAGUGGCGCUUUAGCAAGAUCCACUGUGACAUCUUUGUCACUCUCGAUGUGAUGAUGUGUACAGCGAGCAUCCUCAAUCUUUGUGCCAUCAGCAUUGAUCGAUACACAGCAGUUGCGAUGCCAAUGCUGUACAACACACGUUACAGUUCCAAGAGACGAGUCACCGUGAUGAUCUCUGUGGUGUGGGUUCUCUCUUUUGCCAUUUCAUGUCCCCUGUUGUUCGGCCUAAAUAACACAGCUACUCGUGACGCGACUCUCUGCGUGAUCGCCAAUCCAGCCUUUGUGGUGUACUCCUCCAUCGUGUCCUUCUACGUGCCCUUCAUCAUCACUCUGCUGGUUUAUGUGCAAAUUUAUGUGGUCCUGAGGAAGCGCAGAAAACGUGUCAACACAAAACCAAAGCAGCGAGUUUUUCAAGCUGUUGACACGGAUGUAGCCACUUCACUAAAGGACAAGUGCACUCAUCCAGAGGAUGUGAGGUUGUGCACCAUGAUUGUUAAAUCUAACGGAAGUUUACCAGUCAAUAAGAAGAAAGUGAUAUUUAUCAAAGAUGUGGCCACCGAGGGGGAACACAUGGAGCUGGAUGAGCUGAACAACAGUGGCAACAGCCACAAGCAGAGGCAGCAGACACAGAGUGUUCUCGGAGACACUCCGGCCACCAGCCACCAGCAGCUAAUGCCUGACAAGGCCAACGCUAGUCCCUCGUCCACACCUCCCACACCCCCUGAGGAGAGCCACAAUGCAGAGAAGAACGGCGAGCCCAAGGAGGWCCUGUCUGAGCCAGCACCCAUUGUAGCCAAAUCCUUCCAGACACAGGCCUUACCUAAUGGCAAGACUCAGACUUCUGUCAAAAGCAUGAGUAAAAGGAAGAUCUCCCAACAGAAGGAGAAGAAAGCCACUCAGAUGUUAGCCAUCGUUCUUGGUGUAUUCAUCAUAUGUUGGCUGCCGUUUUUCAUCACACAUAUCUUGAACACCCAUUGCACCAAAUGCAAAGUCCCCGCUGAGAUGUAUAAUGCGUUCACCUGGCUGGGAUAUGUGAAUAGUGCUGUAAAUCCCAUCAUAUACACCACCUUUAAUAUUGAGUUCAGAAAGGCAUUCAUUAAGAUCCUGCACUGCUAAACCACUGCAUCUCUUACUAACCAGACUGAGGGAGAAGUGGGGGAAUAAAAAGGGUUUGGCCGUUUCUUCAGGCAAAUACCUCAUCCUGUUAAGGAAAAUGCACCACAUGGGAACAUUGCGAUUGGAUUUUUGAAUUUCAACAGAAAGCUACAAAAAAAUAAAAUAACCUGACAGUGUCUUCUUCUUGGAAGGCGUGUUGGCUCGGCGUGUGAGUUGUUCUGCUCUCCAGAUAACUGAAUGUAAAAAACAAAAAAAGUCUGUAACAAUGUGGAUGAAGGGCAAACAAAGAAAGGAAAAAAAAGAAACAUUGUUCUUCAAAAUCAUUGUGCUUGUUUCGUAUGGAGCCAUCUGUGUAUAACCACACACAUGCGAGUUGCAAACUGCUAUUCAUUGUGUGUCUACCUUAUGUUUCAAUGAUGGAAAAAAAAAUCUGCAAAUCCUAUAAAGACAUCACAUCAGUGUUCAUUGCAGUAUUACUAUAGAUAUGUCACUCUUACUCCUGAUUGGAAUGUGUAUUGAAGAAAAAAUGCUUUCUUUUCAAUGUGACAAUACCAGUAUCUACAUUUUUGCAAUUUUCUAAAUUAAUCUGACAUUAACAUUUUAUUUGCUGUAAUGUACAUAGUUUUGACAACAUUAACUGUGAUUAAAUGCCUGAAAUUGAAAUGUGAUGCAUGCUACACUGCUCCUCUUGUUGACUUUUCAUAAAAUAUAUGUUUAAAAAAGAGCAAAAUACGUCCAAUAAAUGAAAAUAAAAUACAUUGUUAAGUGCCACAUGAACAUCCCUGCUUAGUGCAUGUGUGCCAUGCAUACACCUGUUAGUUACCUGUCACCGAUUUGCAGUAAUGUUGGUGCUUAAAAAAGUGACUGCAUUGCUUCUGUGGAACAGUUUCACAGCAAACUAAUGGCCUAUAUGAGGAGUUUGCAGCUUCCAGAUAUAAUCAUUUGGAUGUGUGCGAGACCUGAAGCUGCUCCUGGGGGCCUGUAUGAGUAGAAAUGAGGUAAACUUGGCAAAGCUGAAAUAAAAGCCACAGUAAUAAAUCUCUGUGUGUUGUUCGGGGGGACAGAUAUUGCAGCGGAUUCAGUUCAACAUUAAAGACAUGAUUCAA